UGACCUGCCCAAAGCCACACAGCUGACAAGCGGCAGAGGUUGAAAUUCGCAGAAAGAAACAUUGAAUAAUGGGACGAAGCUACAUUGUAGAUGAAACCGUUGGCCAGUACCUUUUAAAUUUUGACGCUAAGGAGAAGGCUUAUAUUUCUGGCCUUUUAAUAGGACAGUCUUCUUCGCAAAGGGACUAUGUGCUUCUAGCCACUCGAACACCGCCCAAGGAAGAGCAAAAUGAAAGUGCAAAACAGGCCCAAUCCACGUUGGCUGACCUGGAUGAAGAAUGGGCUUCAGCGCACGCCAAUCAGGUGUCUAGAAUGCUGCCUGGAGGACUCCUGGUUCUUGGAGUAUUUAUUCUUACUGCUCCAGAGCUGGCAAAGGAUGUUCAAAACGUUAUUCGCAGACUAAUUUUCUCGGUGGAAAAGUCAAUCAGUAAAACGAGGCUGUGGAAUCUCUCAGAAGGGGAGGUCACAGAACGAGUGGCACUUCACAUUUGCUCUUCUUCCAAAAAAAUACUUUGUCGAACUUAUGAUAUCCAAGAUCCAAAGAGUUCUGCUAAACCAGCAGAGUGGAAAUAUCAGAAUGGGCUGUCCAGUUCGUGGCUUUCUUUAGAGUGUACAAUUCACGUUAAUAUCCACGUUCCACUUUCUUCUACGUCUGCCACGUACACGCUUGAGAAAAACACAAAGAAUGGACUUUUACGUUGGGCAAAGCAAAUAGAAAGUGGUGUAUUUUUAAUCAACGGGCAGGUUAAAGAGGAAGACUGUAAUCUCUUAGAAGGACAGAAAAAGCCUUCUAGAGGAACUACUCAAUCCAGUAGCCAAACCUUUGAUGUCCAGGUUCUCACCCCACUGUUGCAGAGUUCAAGUAAUAGAUCCACGGCUACAGUUCAGGUCUGCAGUGGUUCCGUCAACCUCAAGGGAGAUGUAAAAUGUAGAGCUUACGUUCACAGCAACAAGCCCAAGGUCAAAGAGGCUGUGCAGGCACUGAAGAGAGACAUACUGAACACGGUUUCCGAUCGCAGUCACAUAUUGUUUGAAGAUCUGCUUAUGACUGAAACCCCAGCCAAAAAAUAUAUGAAUUCUGAAAAGGAGUUUCAUUCCCUGCCUCACCGUGUCUUCGUCCCCAUUCCUGGAUCGAGUGUCAUGCUGUGUGAUUACAAAUUUGGAGAUGAGUCAACGGUGGCAAUCCAGGAGCAUUUUGAGGAAAUGUUAGAUCGGUCCAUUCGAAUGGAGGAUUUGGAAAUUGCAGAAGAAAUGAACACAGCCAGUUUACAUUUGAGUGCAACAAGAAGUAUCGAUCCCGACAAUACAGAUGAAGAGCAACCUAAGCAACUGAAAAAAGGGAUGACAGCUUCAAAGUUCCAGAAAAAUAUAGGUGUGGCAGUAGCAACAGCAGUCGCCGUCUUUGCAGUCGGCUUCUCCUUUCAUUACUUCAGUGAUUAGACUGAAGCACAAGAAACUUGUUAAUCAUCGUGGGAAUCUUGACCAGUGUUCCUGUGCCAACUCUGAAACUGCAGGGUGACUUCUUGGUUUAACGUUUUUGCAGUCAGAAGUCAUGCCGUGAAUAUCUGUUAGAUGCGUCUCUGACUCGUAGUGAAACAUCGAGCUGCCUUGUUUAGGCAUGUGAACGUUGUAGGUGGGUCAAAUUUUCAAAAAUAAUGUUGUCAAUCAAGUUCCAAAUUACAUGUAAGGUUACAUUUUUCAGAAUGAUUUUUUUAAAUGAUCUUUGAUACUAAUUGUCACAUGGUAAUGUAUUACAAAUAUUUUUUUUCAGUAUCGAAUGGCAAAAUUAAGAACUAUGCUCCUCGUUAUAGUGAUCCUACUAUUUGAAUAUCUUCCCAAAUAUGUAAAAUAUAUAUACAUGCGCUAAAAAUAAUUCAGUGAAUGGUUUUCUCUGCUACGCUACACAGUGAUACUAUUAAGUGGUAUGGGUUGUGGAAAUUCUGUUUAGAACUAUUGUAAUCAAUGUAUCAGUAUAAAUUGCGUACACAUGGAAAAACUAUAAACAAAGAAAAGUGGUCUUUUUGUUUUGUAACAAAUCAGCUGUAGAUGUCUUUCGCUUUCAAAAUAGCAGUGGGUAGGAAGCCAGAAGACCUCAUUUCUUUUUCCCUCACUGACACAGGUAUGGUUUUAAUUUAUCUAUUAUAGAAUCUCUGCGUGCUUUUGAAAAACUGAAUUGUGGAAAACACUGCAGAUGUAAUGUUUUGAAUAAUUUACCAGCAGUUGGAACACAAACCAUGGUUAAUGAACAUCUGCCCCUCUGCCAUGUUCUCAAUUCUAAGCUUUUGACCCUGCCUCGUCACUCUGUGGUUUGUCGUUGAGAAUAACCAAUUGCUUGCUAUUAAAAGCUUCCUCGCUCUCCUGCCUCAAGUGUUCAGUUUAAAAAUGUAAACUUUGGUUUGUGUACAAUUUGGAGGGCAUUUAAUCAAUCUUGAGAUAGCUCUGCUGUCUUGCCCCCACGUAGGACUCUCAGAAUAAGCGGCAGCGAGGGCAGGUAUUUAACCCCUACUGAACUGAUGAGGAAACUGGGACACAGGAGUUAAGUCACUUGCUGUUCAUUUUAAAUGAUUAAGCAUUCUCUAUUUCUAAGGUAAAAUAACUGAAGACAGUAUUGAUCUGGGUUUAUAUUGAAGGCUAAAGAUCAUUUAUAAGCGCAGGAAGUUGUUUAGAGUUAUUUGAACACUAAAUGUAAUAUGACUAAAGCUAGGAUUUUCUCAUUACCCCAGAGCUACAGAAAAAUAAAACACUGUG